AUGACGUUGAAGUCGGUCGUGAUUCGCGAUCUGGUUUCUCACAUUACGUCGUAUACACAAGUGCUUCAACUCAGUUUGAUAACCCUGUCUCUCGGCUCAUUAUGGACUCAACAAAAGUCUCAAGACCAGGUGCAUGUUGCAAUCAGAAACUUGACCGACGAAAUUCGAGCCGCGAACCUCAUCUCACGUACGGGCAAAGGCCAACGACGACCAUCAAAUGAAUGGGACGACGAAAGUGACACAAGGUUGGAUGAAUCUAAUUCAGUCACGAGAGAGAUCCAAGCCUGGCGAAUGUCAGCCGACGAAGUGGCAGCCGCAGUCACUUUGCAAAAUGCAGACCAACACCACUCGUUCCUGUCAUUUAACUCGUCGUACACCAAGUUAGCAUCGGGAAAGGACCAGGACUCUAAACAAGCGUCAGGUGACGUUGAUUCGGACGAUUGGGACCCUGAGCCCGAACAUCCAGAUGGACCAAGCAAAGACAUCCUCAGCCACCAGUACGACGCGAACCAAGAAAUAGUCGACCGCUUGGUAGACUGCGGUAUAUUCCUCCGAGCUUCGCUAUAUCAAAAGAGGGGCAUCGAGAUCCGAGAACAGCUUAGCCAGCCAGGAUACGAUGUCGACUUCAGCUUUGCCGAACAAGCAGUCAUGAAUGAGCGACUCGCUGAUAUCCUGUUAAGAAGUGAAACAGGAGAGGAGAUCGUUGAGGCGAAGGGUAUUUUGCAGGACCUGCUCCAGGAAGAGGUGAAACAGCCCGAGGAGUUUCGGGAUGACGAACGGCGAAGUCGUUUAUAUCACGACCUCGGGAGCCUCUACAUCAGACUCGGUAAUCUGAGACAGGCAAAGACGUUUCUGAGUCGGGCUCUCGAAGGCCGGAAGAACCAAGAGCCCAUCCCAGUUGAAUUAGUGCAGGAAACAGCAGACUUGUACAUCAAGGCUCUGCAACUCGACGGGGCAUUUGACGAAGCGCGCGGUGUGGAAGUCUGGGUCAACACCGUCAUCAUCCCGCUGACGAGCCGUCCGGCGUCGCCUCCUGAUUCAGACUCUGUACCAGACGCCAGGAGACCUUCCUCUAUGGGCGAGCUUUCCCAAGCUUUUCAGUGGUGUCGCGAAAAUGGGUUUGACAUUGAUGUCCCGACUGGCUUCCGCUUCGAUACUUGCGACUUCAUGACACGAACUUCGCCGCUCCACAAAGCCAUCCAAGACGAGAAUCUCGAAGUGUUGAGGCAAAUGGUGGGACAUGUAGUCAGUCUCGAGAACGGAGGCAACGUUGGUCUACCGACGCCCUUGCUGCUUGCCGCAUCAACCAGGAACCGUGACAGCGUCGGGCUGUUGUUGCAGACGGGCGCGCGGGCCGACGUUCGCGAUAGUGCUGGUCUGAGUCUCCUGCACCGAUGCCAGAACAAAUCCGGCGGUGUCAAUGCUGCCCGACUUUUACUCAAGGACACCCCCAACCUCUUGGACCUCAUCGAUAAUUCAGGAAAGACGGCACUGUACAUGGCGUGCGAGAUGGGGAAUGAGACAAUGGUUCGGUUCUUGCUUGGCGAGGGAGCCGAUCCAAAUAUCUGCCAUCAGACGAAGAGAUCGCAGACGUCUUCUUCCCCCUACCUGAACAACAACAAUGUGUGCACUCCUCUGAUUGCUGCGAUCCAGGUGGUGGCAACCAAAAGCUCCCGCAAAAUCGGCAUGAUCGAAGUGCUCCUUUCCCACGGCGCGGAUCCUCGCUUGACCGAUGCCAACGGCAGAAACGCUUUCCAGGCGGCUUCCAACUGCGGACUGGCUGGGUCGGAGAUCAAGCGACUCCUUCAGCAGUAUUCGCAGACGUCGACUCGAAAGUCUAGUGAUGCAUCCACAUCGACCAUCUUCACUAGGUCAUCGACUUCCAGUGACCAUGUGUCUCAUGGAUCGAGCCGGAGGAGCACCCUCAUGAGAUUUUGGAGCAAGUCAGAGUCUUCUCAUUCAGGUGUUGGUUCGGUGCCGGAGGGGGAAUAG